AUGCGAGCUUGGGUUGCACAGUCGCCCACCGAUCCAGUAGAACUAAAGACUAUUCCAUUACCUAUAUUUACGAAGCCGGACCAGGUUCUUAUCAAAGUUAAGGCAGCCAGUGUGAAUCCGAUCGACACUUUAGUGGUUAAAGGAUAUGGCAGAGAAAUUCUGGGAACAUGGAAACGUUUGGAUGCUAUGGAUCUCGCGGCGAGUCGAUUUCCUCUGACUCCUGGAAGGGACUGCGCCGGCAUCGUGGAAUCUGUUGGCCCUGCAGUAACAGGGCUAAAGCCUGGUGACGAGGUGAUGGCUGUGGUUCCAGCGAUCUGGGCAGGCUCUCAUGCGGAAUAUGUUGUGUCACAGGAAGCGUGUUGCUCACGUAAACCAUCGAAUCUGAAUUUCUCUGAGGCAGCUGCCAUGCCUUAUGUUGCCAAUACUGCCUGGGCAGCUCUUGUUUCCGUCGCCAGGAUGAACCCGCGUUCAAAACCAUCUGAACGGGUAUUAAUUCAUGGUGGAAGUGGUGGACUGGGCACGAUGGCCAUCCAAAUGUUGAAAGCUUGGGGUACUGACAAAGUAGUUGUCACAUGUUCAAAGGAUAGUGCUGAUUUGGUGCGAAAACUUGGUGGAAUUCCCGUUGACUAUCGCGCAGACGAUGUUCGAGAUCGUCUUAUUGAAGAAGGGCCUUAUGAAGUGGUCUUCGACUGCGCGGAUACAGAUUUAGCUAGAUGGAGCGAUAAGAUUAUGAGUGUUUGGAAAAACAGCGUUCAUGUUUCUGUGGUCAGCCCAUUACUGAGAGAAACCGAUCGGCAUGGUAUUCUACAGGGUCUAGGAACAACUGCUGUGAAAUACUUUUGUAGAAGUUAUGAGAGUGCUCUACGUGGACGAUGGUUCUCCUAUGCGUUCUUUGCGCCUAACCAAGAGUGUAUGCAGCAGCUGUCAAGAUUUGCUGAAGAGGGAAAGAUUGUGCCGGUAGUGGAACGUGUGCAACCGUUCAGUGAGCUACCAGCAGCGUACGAAAGAGUAUCCACCCUGCAUAAUCACGAGACGCGGCAAAAGAAGCAAUCGGAGGACAAAAGAUGCAAGGCUGCCAACGCCCAAGGCCGCGUGCAUAACUUGCGAAAAUGGAGAAUCGUAGAGUCGAAUGCGAUUCAGUUCCGCGAUCUGUUUCCAGACUCGCUGGAUAUCAACGCGAUUAUGACUGUUUGGAAAAACAGCGUUCAUGUUUCUGUGGUCAGCCCAUUACUGAGAGAAACCGAUCGGCAUGGUAUUCUACAGGGUCUAGGAACAACUGCUGUGAAAUACUUUUGUAGAAGUUAUGAGGUAUGCGCGAUCUAA